AUGAAAGUCUUAGUCAAGAACCUCGGCGGUCGCCCGCUCAAACUCGAGCUCGACAUCUCGCCCCAGGACACGGUCGCCAGUCUCAAAGCGCAGGUCGAGGCGGCGGACGGCGUCCUCCAUUACCAGCAGAAGCUCUGCUGGGGCGGCAAGCAGCUCCAAGACCUCGGCGCGAACCUGGAAAGCUACGGCAUGCGCGACGCCGGGGACGGCAAGGUUCACAAGAUAGGCCUGCUCCGGACGUACCCGCCUCCGGAUUGGAUCCCGUUUCAGCUCGGUAGGUUCAUCGUUUACUUGGAGUCAUCGGGUUCUUUUCUUAUAUAA